UGCAGGUAAUUCUUGUUCAUCUACUGCUACUGUUCCAUAUUUCUUUCUUGUUUAUUUGGAGUAACUUCCUAUUAGAGGUUCGGACCAUAGUGUUAUGAUUUUUCGUUCUCAACCACAAAUUUUUUAGGAAGCAAUUUCGGUCCCAAGGUCGAUAGUUGUGGAAAUUAAAAGUCUAAAUGAUCUUUCAGGGUUACAAGAAAACUUCAUAUACCGCAACUCUCCAGAAAACAAUGGUGUAAAAUUAUAAAAUAAGAUUUUUUAUUUUUUAUUUUUCCCCCCAUAUGUAAACAAUGGGGAAUUCGAUUUUGGGUGCGGGACUUCACUGACCUGACCACGCUAGCUUAAUCCACAUUUGUAAAAGAAAAUAUAUAUUAAAAAAGGGAAGGAAAAAAAAAAGGAGCCAAAGGAAAAGGUAUAAAAGGGCAAAACCCAAAUCGCCAAAUCGCCAAAUCGCCAAGUCCCUCUUUUUCUCUCAUUCUGCAAAUUUAAGCUUUCUCAAUCAGACCCAUCGCUGCCAUCGAUGGAAAAUGAAGAAGAAGCAGCUCUCUCGUCUAGCCCUAAUCCCCUAGAUGUGGACCCAGCCCUCCAAAAGAAGCACCAAUCAAUGCUCGACCGUCUCACCAACCGUCACCAAACUCGCUUAGGCAGCUCACUCACCCGCCGAUCCGCGGAGUCCGACUCGUCCUCUUCUCCUUCCUUUGAGUCCACAUCAACCUUCCUUUCCCGUUUUUCCAACUCCAAGAGCUCCAUCGAGUCUCAACUCGCUCAAUGUCGAUUCGGACUCUCCGAGUCGACUCAAGUCAAACCCCAGCUCGACCAAAUCUCCUCCUCCAUCUCCGAUCUCGAGAAGCUCGUCGCCGAGAACUCGUAUUUUUUACCCUCGUACGAAGUUCGGUCCUCGCUCAAAACGAUAUCAGAUUUGAGGCAAAGUCUCGAGAUUUUGAGCUCCGAGUUAUUACCCAAGAAGAAAUUCGCUUUCAAGAACAAACCCACCAGAAAAGACCCAAUCUUCGAAUCCAAAGAGCAGGAGGAAGAGAAGAAACCUGAGAAACCCGGUUUCAGGGUUCCGGAGUCCCCGGGUUUUUGGAACAAGAAAGGCGAGAUUUUGGUGCAUAAAUUUAAGGGAUCGGAAUUGGGAGAAUUUACGAUUGCGGACCUUGAUUCCUGUGAGGUGAGGCUAACAGGUUCUGUGAGAGCGCUUUUUGUUCAUAGAUUAAGGAACUGUAAGGUUUAUACAGGCCCUGUAACGGGUUCGGUUCUAAUUGAUGGGGUUGAAAGAUGUGUUUUUAUAAUGGCGUCGCAUCAAAUUCGGAUUCACAAUGCAAAAAGGAGUGAUUUUUAUCUGAGGGUGAGGAGCCGGCCUAUAAUUGAGGACAGUUGCGGCGUGAGGUUUGCGCCAUACUGUUUGAGCUAUCAAGGGAUUGAGGACGAGCUUAGGGAGGCCAGUCUUGAUGGGGAGACGAAGAAUUGGAGCAAUGUGGAUGAUUUCCUCUGGUUGCGGGCGGUUCAGUCGCCAAAUUGGUCAAUUUUGCCGGAGGAUGAGAGAGUUGGUCUAGUUGAUAUUUCAAAUUCCGAGGAGAGUUAGGCUGUUACCCAUUUUGUUUGUUACUAGUGUGUGUGCUUGGAGUAAAAGCUGCCAAGAUGAUUAUGAUGUUGCAAUGUGAAAUUGUGGGAACUUGGUGGAUGAGAUUGAUGCUGGAUGGGGUAGUGAGGAAAAGACACAAAGGCCAAUCUCAUUGCUGAUUUGAAAUGUCUGUUUGAAAUACAUUAUUUUAUUGCUCUGUUCUGGAGAUAUGGGACCUUCUUUUGUAAAAAAAUUGCCUUGGCUGUGAGUUUGAUGCCCUGGAAUCUGGAUUUUCUGUUGUGUAGGUUGUUCAUUGAUUGAUGUUUAGACAUGUAAACACGAAGCAUAAAAUUAAAAAGUUUUCUUUUUUGACACACUAAGCUGAUUACUUAGGUGAGGUGUAGUUUGAAUCCUGGUGGUUUAUCAGUAGCCAAAAAUAACAAAUAGAUGUAAAGCAAUGGGGAAGGAAAUCAGAAGCCAAUAUUGAGUUUGAAAAGGCUUAUAUUAACUGUUGUGCGACUCAUGUCAGUGAUCCGUGUAGCAUUUUGCAUCAUGUUACAGACAAGUUUUCCUUGAACUGGUUGAGGAUACAUGUGUAUAUUUACAUGUUAUUUUGAGUAAACUGAAUUAGAUUGGGGAACACACUGUCGUGCACAAGUGGGGAUUGUAAAAGACACCAAUAUUGGAGAGUUCACAGGGGAAGCAUGAAUAGUAGCAGCCCCUUUAGAUUUCCUCACCUUUCUUUGGUUUUUUUCAUCUCUCUCUAUGUAUUUUGUUCUCACUAA